ACCAUGAUCUAAGUGGGGAAGAAAAGAAAUCCCACCGUCGUGGGACCCUAGCCUUUAGCGCCGGGCAGGGUACGAAAUCCCACGUUCCCUGACUCGCAUGCGGAAUAGAACAAAUGCAAUUGAUCAUUAAUGUUGAUUAGAAGGGAGAACAGAGAACUGCGGUUCGGCCGAAAAGGGAGGGAUAUGAUCCAGAAUAACGGGAACAGAGUAUUUUACAUUGUCCCAAUAACUAUAAUCUUGUUGGGGGGUCCUCCGACAUCGCCUUAUUGUACUAUCUCUCGCCCCAACGAAGGCUUCGUCCAGCGUACCGGGGUAAUCUCGACUUUGUCGACGCAAAAAAGCUGCGACGGGCUCAAGCGCAAUCGCAGAACGGCAGAAAUCAGAAUUGAAAAUUCACACCAAGAGACUAAGAGAGGGUCACCAGGGCCCCUAGCAUCACUGACAAUUGGAGAGAGGGCUGGCACUAAGCUUGCAGGAACUAGCACUCGCCUAUCCGACGUGGUGGGAUGCUCCCUCCGUCCCUCGAUGGGAUACUCACCCGACCGCUGCAGCGAGUCAGCGAGCCAGUGGAGUGAAACUGAGGAAUACUUAACCUGGGUAAUAACAAUAGUACCUUGGCUUGUACGGAAUACCAGUACGGCAGCUAUCGAGGUCAGAAAAGGAAAAUGACCAGGUAGGUACCAUGUCAAAAGUCGGGGCCUCAGGGGACAUCAUGAUGAUUCCGGAUCCCCCGGAAGGUCGAUGGAAGGGAACGCAUGAACUGUUGGU